AUGGAAGAGAAUAAAGUGCAUUUUAGGUAUUUAAUGCUUUUCUUUUGUCGGAAAGGCAAAAAUGUCACACAAGCGGCAAACAAGAUAUGCGCUGUUUAUGACGAAGGUAUUGUAGCUGAAAGAACUGUGCAGAAAUGGUUUGCUAGUUUAAAGCUGGUGAUUUCAAUCUUGAACAAUCAAGAACGCUCGAGUAGACCCUUCACCACAGAUGAAGAUCAGAUUAAAACACUGAAUAACCCACGCUAUAUGACACAUAAAUUAGCAGAAAUGUUGAAUAUGUCAAAAUCCACCAUCCACGAGCAUUUUAUGAAGCUUGGUUACAUAAACCGUUUUGAUGUAUGGGUUCCCCAAGAUUUAACGGAGAAAAAUCUGAUGGAUCGCAUUUCUAUUUGCGACUCGCUCUAUAAACGCAACGAGAAAACAUCAUUUUUGAAACAAGUAGUGAUGAGGGAUGAAAAAUGGAUCAUUUACAAUAAUGUUGAGCGAAAAAGAUCUUGGAGAAAGCGGAAUGAACCACCUUUAGCCCUCACCAUCCCAAAAGCCGGUCUUCAUCCAAAAAAGGUCAUGCUCUGUGUCUAG